CGCUGCUGCUGCCUCUCCUCCAAACUUCUUCGUCUCUUUCCACAACUUGUCACAUCUCUGCAAAGGUCCGAGACAUCAGAGUGGGCUGCAUGGCUACAUGAAAGUUUCAUGGACUUGGAACUUGGAAAACUUUUAGCGGCGCUUUAUUGGAGCUCGUCGCCUCUAUAGUUACUGUGGAUUACUGACAUACCGCAGGACCUUUGGCAGCUAUUUAUUGGGGGGUUUUCACCGUGUCCUCUGCAGAGGUCUGAGUCGAGAUGGGGAGCAAAGCCCUGCACGCUCCGAUCCCCCUGCACCCGGCCCUCCAGCUCACAAACUACUCCUUCCUGCAGGCCGUCAACACUUUCCCAGCUGACCAGCUACAGGGACUGUACGGCCUGAGCGCGGUGCAAACCAUGCACAUGAACCACUGGACUCUUGGUUACCCCCACAUUCAAGGACUGAGGUCGACGAUCACAGAGAUGGCAGCCGCCCAGGGUCUGGUCGACCCCAGGAUUCCCUUCCCAGCGAUACCCUUCACAGCCGCGGCGCAGCUCUUCCACCCGAAACAAGCCGCCGUUGCGCACGGCGUCCCCUCGCUGCACAAGGACAGGCCGAGAUUUGACUUCGCCAACCUGGCCCUCGCUGCCACUCAGGAGGACCCGCCGAAAGCUGCGGAUCUGGCGAAGUUGGCGUCGGGACUAGGGGGAACCAUCUCCGAGCUGAGCAAGCUGUCCCCGGAAAGAAAACCCACCCGGGGCAGGCUCCCGUCCAAAACUAAAAAGGAAUUUAUUUGCAAGUUCUGCGGCAGGCAUUUCACCAAGUCCUACAACCUUCUCAUUCACGAGAGGACCCACACAGACGAGAGGCCGUAUACCUGUGAUAUUUGCCACAAGGCCUUCCGAAGACAAGACCAUCUCAGAGACCACAGAUACAUCCACUCCAAGGAAAAACCAUUCAAAUGUCAAGAAUGUGGGAAAGGAUUCUGUCAGUCUCGAACUCUAGCCGUCCAUAAAACCUUACAUAUGCAGACAUCAAGCCCUACAGCUGUGGCCGCUGCGGAAAGGUGUUUCGGCGCAACUGUGACUUGCGACGGCACAGUUUGACGCACAGCCCACAUCAGGACUACUAGCCUGGACAGACUAACAAAAUAACAAUGGACAAAAAGCAGGAAGACAAGUCAGAGACUCCUUCUACUUCUUCUUCUUCUUCUUCUCCUUUUUUUUUUUUUUUUGUGCAAAGACAAUCUCCAAAUCAGGACACGUUUACUGCAGCACAGUGUAGAGUGGAAUUUGGUUGCACCUCAAGUGGGACAGCAGCGGAGCCAUGGCCAUGUCCAGCUUUCAAACCACCUGUAAAUAUCAAGACCAUGUACAUAAUGUUGUUUUUUAUUUUCUUUUCUGACCUUGAAA